CAGAAUACAUAGGUAUGUAUUCCGUACCUACUAGAGAUCUAAACAUCGAUCUGUACUAGGCCUUAGACCCAGCUGUCACAUCCUUGCACGGCAGUAGCUGCCAGGGCUGGCCGGGCUGCCAAAUUGUUUGUAGCCGCCUGCUACCGCCGUGAACUUGAACCCUUGAACCCUUGAACUUGAAUUUGAAACUUCUACUAUCUACAUUCACCCACCCACCGCCGCGCCGAUAUUGGACAACUCAACCAUUCGUAUAUGGACAUCUUCAACAGCCGAACACGUAGCAUCCAUUCCGCUCUAUCGUUGUCCUUAUAUAAUCUUGCUAUUUUCUAUAUUACUUAUGUAUUCCGUACUUAAACACUCACGAUACCGAGGGGGACACGAAGGUCAAGUUGUAAAGAUAUUACUAGAAAUCACGAAUGACUGAUGGCGCCAACUGGGGGGCAACGAUCAGGAACAGAGAUUGGGACGGGAUCAAAUAUAAACUCGAAUGUGUCGUCGGACCGGCAAGUUGCGGCGUCGAAUUCUACUCUAAAUGCCUGGGUUGGUCGUCGACAACCUUCAUGGCUUACCAACGCAAAACCCGUGAAGCCUUCUCCCCGUCCUCCACAACCGCCUAAGCAACCUAUCACCACGGAGACUGUGCGCCCCAUUGUCGAAACAACCCAGCCCGUCUCCGUCUCAGUCCCAAUCCCUAAUACCCCGGUGACGACGACUACUCCUGCCCCACUUCGACAACCUCGUCGUCCUCAACCUCCGCCUGAACCUCCGCUGUUGCAAACACAAACACAAGCACAAGCACAAGCACAACAACCGCAAAUAUCAACUCCGGCUACGCGUACCGUACUUCCCUCGCCUGCCCCCAGUGACGAGCCUAGUCCAGGUGCCACCAAAUCUCAAGGUGUGCCUGCAGUGGCCCGACCUCAACUCAUCCUUGAUAUCACUUCGGAUGACGAGGAACAAGCUCGAACCCGGGUCCCUACACCCCGUCUACGGACAAUAUCGCAACAAAACGGGGAGAUCUCGGUGUCCCCGAGGGCAUCCACCCCUGCUAAUAUGUCCCUCAAUACGCCUCCUACACCGAAUCUACCAUCACCCAAUAGUGAUGUGAUACCCUUAGAGGGCCCACCUGCUAAGAAGCAGCGUCGUGGUGACCCUACGCUCCAGUUCCUCGUCGAGUGUGGAGCAACUGUAGUGCUCAACAAUCGUCUUCAAUCUAUAGGAGGAGUGAAUAAUCUAGACCCGGCAGUUGAGCGGCCCCGAUAUCAACUCUUACUCGACUCUUCUGAAUCGGGUGACCUCUUCUUCAUCGUAUUACACCAGGUCUUUUGUAUCUGGUCUAGAAACCGAGCACAAGCUCAUGAUCUUUGCAAGAACCAUGCGUGCGCCCCAGGAGACAUGGACAAGGGGUUUAUCAACUUGGAAAUGGUUCUUAAGAGCAAUACCAAAUUAAACCCAGACCACAUCAAUUUCUUAGCUGAGUUUCCAGCUCCGCUAGAUGAACUAUUGAGCAAGAUUAGGUAUAAGGCCACUCUGGGGCGAGUACUCAAUUUCCUCUACCGAAUGGCUCUUAAUUGGAUCAGAGUACUCGCAGAUCACCGAGCAAAGGGCUACCCUUUCCUUAUGGGCGAGCUCAUUGAUGAAUUUCUACUAUUUUCCCCCAUACUCCAGGGAAUAAUGUUCCGCGCCUCGAGGAGGAGCAUAGGGGCCGGAGAUGGACCUACUGCAAAGCGUAUGGAGAUGUUAUUCAAGUCAGACCAGGACUAUUAUCAAACUUAUCCUAAAGACUUCACUAUGAAGCCCCAACCCCCAAGGUACCAAGCGCACAACGAAAGCCUCAUCACCACGUAUAUGGCUAUCCUUGUUUCCGCGUACCAGUCACAGGGCUAUCAAAUGGGCCAACAAUCCUAUCCGACUGGACCACAUAAUAUCCAGCAGUCAAACCAAUACCCUUACCAAAAUAUUCAGAUAGGUUCCCCGACCAAUUCUCAAUUUAUUUCCCACGCGAAUCCUCAGAUGGGUGGUCAGAUAAACCCACAAUUCAAUCCUCAGGGGAGCUACUUGGCGAGUCCCCAGAUCGGUCCUCAGAUGAAUACCCAACUCAACCGACAAGUAGAUCCCCGGGUGAAUUCUCCGGUUGGAUAUCAGAUAAAUCCCCAAAUGCAGCAGAAUUUUUAUCAGGGUCCCUUCCAAGCACCUCAGGCUGCCGAUCCUGCUCUUACUCAAGGUACGAUGCCGGCCGCGAUACCGCCUUCGUACAUACUAUCUUCAAACGCCAAUCCAGCCAGCAGCUUAACAGCGACAACGCCGUUACAGCCGAAGCCCAAUUAUCGGAGGAUAUAUCCUGCUACGCAGUCUGCUCAAUUUAGUCACAUGCAGCAUCAAACGGUGGGGAGACUUUCUCAACCAGACUCUUAUAUGGCGCCGGCAUCUCCACGACCUACUACUCCUGCUUUGACAGGUGCGCACGCUAGUCACCCUCAUCUGGUUCGUUUCACUGGACAACGGGCGCAGAGUUUACAUAGACACAACAGUCAGUCCGGGGUCUUCCCUCCCAGCCACCUAAAUCCUGGAAAUCAAAUUCCAGACUGUAGCAAUUUCAAUUCCGCACCAAACACACCAACGACUCCGCAGCUAAGGUACUCUACAAAUCAGUUUCAAGGAAAUCAAGUCCAGGGGCCCAAUUAUACCCAAUCGGUUUCGGAUCCCCGGCUGCAACACAAAACGCAGUUCGCCGGUCACGACCGUGGCCUUGACCGUCUAAUUCCGGCGCCCGGUGUAACCAUCGACCGGCGAGACUAUCCUUAUACUCAGUAUGACAGAAAUUCUGUUGUGAUGUCUCUUCAUCAGGUUCAGUUGAGAAGCCCGAAGAGAAUGCCGCAAGAACAUGACCCAGCAAAGUUGGAAAGGUAUUAUCAAGCCGUCAAAGGGUUCGCGCUCCCCCCAACCGCGAUUCCGCCUCAGUCAUAUCUGCAUGAGUUCGAUUUUGACAUCUCGGAACAACAGUUUAUUCAGCUAGUAAAGGAAGAGGCUAAACAAGGCGAACACUUGCCGGUAAGUUUAUUCUCCAGCGGAUCUCUACGUCUCCGCGUUCGAUGCUGUCACAUGAAGAAGACGCAUACCUCUCUUAGCGACGCUUGGAUCACUACCGAAACAACUUGGCCGCGACAUAUUUUUAUGGAACUAAACAAAAAGGCCUUCGGUAUCCCUCGGAAGUCGCAUUUUUCUAAGGAUUUGCCGAUUGAGGCUUCCUCGGCCGCUAUCGCAAACAAGAAUAUACUCAAAGUCUCUAUCCCAAAGAUCAAUGAAGAGUCCAAACCCGGUUGGGAAUUUCAUAUUGCAAUCGAGGUCAUUGAAAUUCUCAGCCACCGUGAUGUGCUUCAGAUGGUUAGAACGCGUGGAGGAGUACCAGCAGAUACGACACGAGAGGUGGUUAGGACCCGACUUGUGGGAGCAAAUGGGUGCUCCCAAAAGGAUACGGACGAAGACGAAAUUGUGAUGCUGAACGAAUUAUCUAUUGAUCUCAUAGAUCCCUUUUCCAGGGUCAUGAUCAAAGUUCCCGUUCGAGGGAAGUCAUGCACACACCUCGAGUGCUUUGAUCUCGAAACCUGGCUGAAUUCUCGAUUGGGUAAGAAAUCGUGCAACUGGUGUACCAACACUCCCGGUGGCUGUUCGAAGUGUCCCAACGAACCGUCUUUUGUGGAUAAAUGGAGAUGCCCACUUUGUCUCGCAGAUGCGCGACCCUACAAUCUCAUCAUCGAUGAGUUUCUCGUCGAAGUACGCUCACAGCUGGAGCACCAGAAUCUACUACGGACGAAAUCAAUCCUUGUCUCCCCAGAUGGGACGUGGAAACCGAAAGAGCAACCGGCAGACGAUGAUGGAGACGUCGAUAGCGACGACGACGGUAACGCCUCAACCAGAAGACUAUCCAAAUCACACCAGCGUAUGGAAUCUGGAAUUGAGGUCAUCGAAAUUGAUUGAAGGCCCAUAGAAAGUAAAUUAGAGGAUAUUCAGAAGAGGGCGCACUCCCAACAAUGGACCGCCAGUUUUAGGUCCGGGCCGGGCGAUGAAGCAACCACAAUAACAUGAGACUAAGAUGUGUCCGAAAUUCCGCCUUGUAUUUUGUUUCUUUUC